CCGUUCGGCUAAUCCGCGGCAGGUGAAGGCGCAGGCAGAGCGAGGAUAAGGCGGAGGCGCGGCCGCUGCGCUCCCUUCUCUGAGGAGGCCCGUCGGUGUCCUUCCGCUCGCGCGAGCAGAGAGGACUCCUGCUGCUGCUGCUUCUCCUCCUCCUCGGCGUUUCUCUCUCUCUCUCUCUCUCUCUCUUUCGGCCUGCCCCGCCAUUACGAGCUGCCCUCGCCGGCUCCUCCGCCCUCCGCUUCGCCGUCUCUGCGUUCCUGAGGAAAGGCCAGCGCCCCAUCCCCGGCGUCGGGCUGGAGCCCCCAAACCCCAACAACGCUUCCGCCGCCAUGGCACAAAUCUUACCCAUCCGCUUCCAGGAGCAUCUCCAGCUCCAGAACCUGGGUAUCAACCCAGCCAACAUCGGCUUCAGUACUUUGACCAUGGAAUCUGACAAAUUCAUCUGCAUACGAGAGAAAGUGGGAGAGCAGGCUCAGGUGGUCAUCAUUGAUAUGAAUGACCCGAACAAUCCGAUCCGCCGGCCAAUUUCGGCUGAUAGUGCCAUCAUGAACCCUGCUAGCAAAGUGAUUGCCCUCAAAGCCGGGAAGACCCUUCAGAUUUUUAACAUUGAGAUGAAGAGCAAAAUGAAGGCUCACACCAUGACGGAUGAUGUCACCUUUUGGAAGUGGAUUUCCCUGAACACCGUUGCGCUGGUCACCGACAAUGCUGUUUACCACUGGAGCAUGGAAGCCUACUGGGAAUGA